AUGAGACUGCCGCCUCCCGAAGUUCUGGCUACAUGGCCGAUACCUAACUACGUCGAUCCCCCCACUCGCGGGAAUGGUGCCCUCAUCGUUAAUAUUGUCUGUUUAUCUUUCGCGUUCGUCGUUACGCUCCUUCGCCUUUACACUCGUUUGAAGAUUACGUACAGUCCCGGUCUUGAUGAUGUUCUGAUUGUGAUUGCCCUGGGCUUUGCCAUUGCGAUGUGUGCCAUCAUCUCUCUCGCGACGGUACGAUACGGCUGGAACCGACAUAUGUGGGAUGUCCCACCGACGUGGCUUACUACUGUCUCGAAACUCAACCUUGUAUUUCAAAUUCUGUUCUCGUUGUCCUCCUCAGUCACCAAACUUUCGCUCCUAUGGUUCUGCAAGCGGCUUCUCGGCGCCGGAAGUAAGGGCCUUUACCGAACAUACAACUGGUGUCUUAUUGGGGGAAUGGCUUUUGUCUCCCUCAGCUGCGCUCUUUUUCUGCUUUUCAGCAUCUUCCAGUGCAAUCCGAUCCGUGCUUAUUGGGAUCUUGCGCCCACUUAUCCAUACCAGUGCUUGAAUGAUGGUGCCAUUGUCUUCUCCGCAAGUGUCAUCAAUAUCUUCACCGAUUUCCUUGUCACUGUCCUUCCUAUGCCGUUGAUUUGGAAUUUGAAAUUGCCUACUCGACAGAGGAUUGCCGUAAUUUCCAUCUUCGGCCUGGGUAUCGUGGUCAAUGUAGCAGGCUCAGUUCGCACGGUGUACGUCUGGAAGAGCAUGGUCGCCUCAUACGAUACCACGUGGCUGGGCUGGCCAGUCCUGCUCGCCGCGUCUGUUGAGAUCAACAUGGGCCUGACUUCCCGCAACUACGCCUCUGGUACGGGUCGCAAGAGUAACAAGCUGUUCUCGUCAGCCGGCCCCUCGAAAGCUUCGCGACUUGAGUCACGUCAGUAUGGUAUUGAGGGGCUUACCAUUGUGGAACCGUUUGAGGUGAUGCGCACCGUCGAGAUGGAAACAUGGACUGAACCGAGGGUUUCCCCCCAGUCAGCCACAGGAGACCAUGACCUGUCUUCAAGCCGCACCCGAGUGGCAACACCGACUACUCAUUUCGACCUGAAGAAUGAAAGCACUUUCUACACUUCUCCGGGGAGUCACAAGUCGUCAGCGUCGCUCAAUCGAGAUAAACCUGGGUCACCCUUUGGGGACGAACACCUCAUUUGA